AUGUUUUUGUUUUUCGUUAAUUUCCUCUAUAACUCAUAUCUUUUUGUGCGGUUCAAAAGGUUUUUGCAGCCCAUCCAAAUGACACCAGAAGAAUUUCGUAUGUUUGGAAUCGAUGAAAAAGAAUGUGGCUUUAAAUUAAAAGAUAUGGCUGCUUUGAAUGAUAGUUGUCAAGAAUUGAAAAACAAGCCGAAAAUUUCUCUCACACCAAAAUUCGAAAUAAGUUUCGAAAAUCAUUCUAAUCAUGGAAAUUCGUCUUUGGAUUCCACAGCUUUGUCUUCAAGAUUCAAUGACAGUAAUUCACAGUAUGAUAUCAAACCAACUGGAUCAUGGUCUUUUAAUCUAGGAACCGUUGUCGAUUCACCAUACUCAAAAAGAUCUGAUGCAAGUUUGAAUAAUUCACUUUCACAAAAACAAAUUGAUGGUAUACGAUUUCGACGAUCUAGAUCAUUUCUCAAUGAUUCUUUUAAUAAAAGUUUAUCACCUACAUGUUCCUCAUCUGUUAUCACAUCGAAAGCCGAUUUAGAUCGAUAUUUGCAAGAACAUGAACAACGUCAAGAAGAAUUGGAAGAAUUAUUUCAUGCCGAAAAGCGUUAUGGAAAUGUCAAUCCAAUUUUACAAACAAUGACCGACAUGAAUUCAGCAUCACCCACUACAUUAUCUCCAGGUCAAAAUACGAAUCAUUCUGCAACAAGACAACAAUUUUUACAAACAACAAAUAAUGAUCUCUUUAUUCAUAAUAAUUCGAUGACUCCAACUAAACACGUUUCAUUUGUUGGUAAUUCAUUUAACGAUUCUUCUAGAUUUUUGGCUCACCAAUCCCCUCCACGAACAUUAACACCUCCUUCAUACAAAUCGGCUAUCAAAAUUCAUUCGCCACCAAGUGGAAGUAGUCUAGAAAAAUCGGAAUCAUUGAACUCAAGUACACGAACUCUCGAAAAAAUUCUGACAAAGUUGAACGUUGACGAUUCUCGUUUAAAUCAAAUGGUGGAAAACAUUCGAAAAUGGAUCUCACAGACCAUAUUAGUUCGACUUUGUCGAGAAAUUGAAUCAAUAAACAAAUUGAUUGUCGAAAAAGGUUAUAUUGAUUCAAUGAUUGGAGAAACUCCAUUAAAGAAUUUAAAACAAUUAGCCGAAAGCCGUAGAACAGAAUUUCCUACCUUGGAACAAGUUUGUCCAUUCUUAGAUAUAUCUAAUGUUCGUAACCUUGAAAAUACUAUACCAUUGCAAGAAUAUCUUGUACGGCGUUUAAAAGAUUUAGCCAAAGGUGGUUGUAUGAUUGAAUUUCUUUGGGAUGGUGGUGGAAGCUAUAAUUAUCGACCAUGGAAACAGGAUUCAAUGUUAACUGAUGCUGAAUUGAUUCUUCAUGUUUUCUGUACCUAUAUGGAUUCACGUUUGCUUUUCAAUCCAGCAUUGCCUGAAGGGAAACCAUUUACAAGUCAACAUUUCAAAGUGGCAACAUUAGGAGGAAGCCCGGGCACGAAUUCUUCAUCAAUGAAAUUCAUAAAAUCUGAUACCUACAUAAAACAAGAUAAAAUUUAUCCACCACAUUAUUCAUUAGUGUUAAAAGGCGAACACUUUGAAAUUCCUCCUGGUCGAAAUAAUUUAUUUUAUGCUUUAUUGAUCUUUAUUCAUCACAUAAAAGUAAAAAAUUUUGGUCUGUUAGGACGAAUAAAUCUUGGCCCAUCCGGAUUAAAUAUUGCCUGGGUGAUUGAAUCAAAAUGACCAACGACGACAACAACAACUCUAAUGAUUCUUUUUUUGAUGGUAAUUUGUGAAGAAACAUUAUUUUUUUGCUAAUUAAAACA